UUAAAUUCGCUAUGGAAAUAAACUUUGUCAGAAAUACAAAGCUGUAAGCAUUUAAUAUUGAGCUCGUCAAAUCUCCAAUUGCAGAGCUAUGACAACAACAAAAUUUUGUCAACAAAGUCAUAACUUUUGAUCGUGAAUUUACUGAAGACUUUUUCGAAAUAAGAGAAAUUAAAGAAUAAAUUAUGUGACUGCUCGAAAGCUGCUAAGAUUAUUAAUGGAAUUUUAUAUUUGAAGCAUUAAAAAUGUUUUCAGUAAUAUUCGGCAGACAUUUAGCUUAUCGGAAAUUAUUAUUUUGCUCAAGUAGAAUUAAGUAUGACUGCAAAAAGUUUAGUAAUGAUGCUUCUGUUAAGAAAUUUAGGCUCGUGAAACGGCUUGCAUCAACUUUGUUGUUCGGUGGAACUUUCUUAAUUGUUGUAUGGGCUAAAAGAAGAAAGCAGUCUACUUUUUUCAACGAUGCAAAGUUUGUGAAUAAUGCCUUUUACAAUGAUAACUUUAAACUUUACGAGUAUAAAGCGUUUGUUUUACCAUCAUUUGUAAUGAAGAAUUUGAGUGACAUUCAGAAUUUUUCUUGCAGGGAAAAUGACAUUUUUGUUGUUUCUUUUCCUAAAACAGGUACUACAUGGCUCCAAGAAAUUAUUUAUUGCACUAUAUAUGGCAUUGAUAAUUCAUUGACUAAAAGUAUUGAAGAUCGAUUUCCUUAUUUAGAAUUUGUGUAUCCUGGUUUAUCUUCUAUUGAAAAGAUAACUGAUCAACGCCUUAUUAAGACGCACUUACCUUUAUCACUUUUACCCAAAGAUGUUCAACUGAAAAAACCUAAAAUAUUUUAUAUAACCAGAAAUCCAAAAGAUGUGAUUGUUUCAUAUUAUCAUUUUGUUAGAAUGAUGACUAUCUCAAAUUACAGUGGUAAUUUUCAUGACUUUUUUGACGAUUUCCUUUCAAAUAAAGUACCAUAUGGUCCCAUUUGGAGACAUUAUAAAGAGGUAUGGGAAAUUAAAAAUGAAUCAAAUAUUUGUAUUCUGAGCUAUGAAGAUUUGCAUUGGGACAUCAAUGGUUCCAUUAAAAAAAUUGCUAAUUAUCUUGGAAAAGAUUUAACAGAUUCAGAAGUUGAUGCUAUAGCUAAUCACUGUUCUUUUCAAAACAUGUCUCAAAAUCCGAAUGUUAAUUAUCAACACUGGGAUGAUUUAGGGAUCAGAAAUAAGAAUGAAGCUAAAUUUAUGAGAAAAGGUGAAAUCGGAGAUUGGAAGAACUACUUUACUUCGGAAAUGAACCAAGCUAUGAGUUCUUGGAUUGAUGAAAAUAUGAAAAAUAUACAUAUUUUUUAUGAUGAUAGUUUAAAAAGUUAAAUUUUGUUACAACAUAUUGAAAGUGGUAUUCUGUUCAAGUAGUUUAUUAAGAAAAUAAAUCUUUAUUUAAGGAACA